AUGGCACUUGCGGCCAAACAGGUGUCUGCCCAGCUUACUAGUAUUAGUGAGCAGCUCAAAGCCAUUGCUCAUGGACAUACCACAUCAUCAACUGUUGCUUCGCCUGCCGCUAAUGCACUUUUUGCUUCCCUCGCUUCGUCAUUCUCCCCUUUCAUCUCAUCAACACCUUCGGACCACUUCACCGCACCUUCUUUUACAAAUCCCCCAUUGCCUCAUGAAUUGCGGCUCACAGAGUAUCCCUCUGUUUGUCCUAUCCUGCCUCCAACAUUUCCAACGCCACUAUAUCUGUCAACUCAACCACUACCACCUACACCUGCGGCGUCACCACUGACGAUUGAGUCUCUACAACCACCAACCACCAACGUUACAUUGAAUUCAAAAGCAGAAACUCUGACGCAUCUCAAUCUCCAGGAUGGUACCACUCUUAGCUUCCGUCAAUCUGAUGUCCCAGACCCCAGAAAUCUGACAUUUGCAACUGAUAUCGACCUCCUCGGAAUCCUUUGGACAGAGUCCAAUCCCAAAUUUAGAGAGGACCUUUGUGAGGUAAAAAUCAAUGGACACGGGAUUGCACUUGAGCACUGGCCAACUGUGUUCAAGAAAACAACGCGGGGAGGAGAAGACAGGCAUUGGGAGGGUUUGAAGAAGAUAUGGGAUAAAUGGCGUUGGGUAGGGCUACGGUAUAACCAAUCAACGCCAGCAAACUUUUGGGCAGAAUUCACAGAUGGCCAGGGUAAACAGAUGAACAUUACAACUAUUUACCGUAUCUUACUGGAGCAACGCAAAGCUGCGAAGGCAAAGUAG